CACAGAAGACCCUUCUUGCCCAGACAGCCCUCAGUCGCCGUAGAGACUCUCUCUAGGCAUGCCGCGUCCUACAGAUCAUCUCGUCCUCCCACGAUUUAUCGGUUUAACCAACCGAACUUCUAGGACGUGCUCGGUCGGACUCCACUACCGGGCUACCUGCAAUCGUCACGCCAGCGGGCAGGAAAGCAACAUGGUUGUGUCAGCCGCGGGAAGAACGCACGCGUGCCUCUCUCCUUUUCCGGCCUCUCUUUAAAAGGUUCGACGGCAAUGCACGCGAUGAACCCACCGACUAAACUGCCUUCCCCAUCCCCACCAACUAUAUUCGCAUCUUGGAUCCGGUCUUCUAUGAUGUCCUCUUCAACAGCCUCCGCCACCACGUACGACGUGAUCGGCCUGGGAUUCGGUCCCGCUAACCUCGCCAUAGCUGGUGCUAUCGUCGAAAAGUGGGCAGAUCCUGGUUUUGCAACGAGCCAUGCGCCUCUUCAGCAGGUUCUAUUUAUUGAGAAGCAGCGAGAAUUCCGAUGGCAUCCCGGUAUGCUGCUCCCUAACUCCCGGAUGCAGAUCAGUUUCCUCAAGGAUCUUGCGACGCUCCGCUCACCCCAGUCGCCCAUAACAUUUCUCGCCUACCUUCAUUCCCAGGAUAGGCUACUCAGCUUCAUCAACCGGGGUAGCUUCACACCGACUCGCAAGGAAUUCGCCGACUACCUGACUUGGGCGGCCGAGUAUGUCCAGACUCGCGGCAUCCAAGUGCGGUAUGGUGAAGAAGUUGUCGGCAUCGCUCGCUGCUCGGACGGCACGGUAGAAGUCCGCAGUUGCAACGUGGAAACAGGGGGGGAACUUACCAGACGGGCCAGAAGUAUUAUUCUCUCUCCAGGUGGAUCGCCGAAGCUCCCGCCAGCCUUGUCCGUCCUGUGGCCGCAUCCUCGGAUUGUUCACACAUCUUCAUACAUUUCCUCUGCAGACGGUUUCUUCUCCACCCUACCCCGCACUUCUGAGCCACUGCGCAUCGCUGUAAUCGGUGCCGGUCAGUCGUCAACUGAGAUUAUUCUCGAUCUACACAGUCGUCUCAACGCGGUGCCUAUUUCGGGCGGAAGGAAGCAUGAGCUGGACAUGAUCUUUCGGAAGGGCUCGCUGAAGCCCAGCGAUGAUAGCCCUUUCUCCAACGAGAUAUUUGAUCCGUCAUCUACCGACCUAAUGUUUGGCCUCCCUACCCAGAGAGAUCGCCAGCAGUUACUGCAUGAGUACAGUGCCACGAACUAUAGCGUCGUCAACAUCCGAACCAUCGACGCCUUGUACGAAGUCUUGUACCACCAACGGGUGCUCGAUGGCAUCAAAGCGCGGACCGGUCAGGACGAGGAGACGAACCGGACGCGCAUCACGCUCCACCCUUACACCUCCAUCUUCUCCGCAGACACCGUCCCUCCCUCUCGUGACGCUCCCGGACACGGGGAAGCGGUCCGCCUGACCAUGCACGGCGUGCUCAACCGCGCCGUCACGCAUAAGACGUACGACGCCGUGUUCUGCGGGACGGGGUACGACCGGGACGCGUGGAUGCGGCUCCUCGCGUCGUCGAAUCUCGCCGAGGGCUUCGGUAUCAAGUCGUCCGCGGUGCAGCUCGUCACGGAGGCGGAGACGCUCCCUCAGUCCUUCCCGCCUCUCUUCACCGAUCUUCCCGAAAUCACGUCCCGCAUGGCGGUGUCUUCUGCCAGCGACGGCUCCUCCACGCCCCCGACUCCUGACACCCCUCAGUCGGAGCAUAGCAAGCUCGGCGGGGAGACGCGUCCUUCGAAAGUCCGUAUCUCGCGGACGUACCGUCUGCUCUCGGACAAGAAUCCCGAUGGGCCGCGAAUCUACUUGCAGGGCUGCACGCAGUCCACGCACGGUCUGAGCGAAUCUUUGCUCAGUAUCCUCGGCGUCCGUGCCGGGAUGGUAGUGGACGAGCUUUGCGGCGCAUAGAGCAACGUGGAUCGUAUGUAUCAUGCGAGUAGUAUAUUUGUUAUAGUAUCCGUAUAUACAAGCUUUCAUCUCACUCAAAAGGAAGCACCGUGAA